GCUCGGACUCGGGGCGGCUCGGAAAGUGUCACGGUCCUGCGGAAAACUGUGCGACCGACGGUGACGGCAGCACCAGCAGCAGUUGUGGUGCGAAAAAAAGGGCCGUAAGAAAAAGUGCCUUUCGUGAUUCGUGAUCCGUUGCCAUUACGUUGCUGUCGCGCCGUAGAAGAAGAAGAAGAAGAAGUGGUGUUGAUCAUUGUCCAUCAAGCAACAAGUACUAAACGAUCUGAUAACGUGUCCGUGUGUGUGCGUGUCUAUUCAGUGAUGAUCCAUUUGUGCAGCUACAGCUGUGGAAAGAACUACCUACAGAACAUUACACUCUCAACUACUCCCUACUCCGGAUCGCACGAACCAUUGCGGCGCACUGAAUGAACAUCCGGCCGGUCCUUCAAGGCCCACGUACGCACGAUCAUGGCCGAAUUCUUACCCCUAUGUGACGUGCUGUUCAACGUGAUCUCGCUGGCCGGUUACUUCUGUGACGUCGUGUUCGACGUGGUGCUCGGUUAUGCCCUUUACGAGCGCCAAAAGUUUGCCUACUUUACCGCCGUCAUAGUGAUCGUCUCGUUCUCGCUGGUCAUCUCACAGAUCGUUUCCAUCCGCUGGUAUCUGAAUAAAAGGAAAAUCCGGAAUGCAACGGCAUCGACCGCUGGACCGCCAGGUGAUGACACACCGGGUGGCACAGCCCCCGGUGCCAACAGUCUCGAGAAGAAAAAGAAAAAGUCAACCGGCGGUGGUCUUGGUGGAUUGGCCGGUGCCGGUACCGACCGAUCGGCCCAAUACAGCCGGUACAUCGUGCUGGCACUGCACGUGACGCAACUGGGCGUUCUGUGGCGCUACGCCAAGCUGUUCGUUCCGGUCGAUCUGCGGCACGUGAAGCACGAGGUGCGCGAUCUCUGUAUGCUCCGGUUGGUGCACGCGUUUUGUGAGGCCGCUCCAAUGCUACUACUCCAGCUCUACGUACUGGUGAACCUGCAAAGUGAAGCGCAACUCAGCGCCCUAAAACUGAAGACACUAGGGCAUCAUCAUCUCCUGCCAGCCGGUGCCGGCGCGUCGACGGCCCUCGUCCAGCAGACCAACCUCGUCGAGCAGCAACAGAAAACGUUCCGCGAUCUCAACAUGGUCUCGGCUACGUUAUCGCUGUUCAGCGUUUGCUGGGCACUGGCCAGCUUCAGCAAGAACGUGCGGCUCCAGAACGUCCACCGGUUGGUGCUGACGUGGCUCGGUGUAAUCUUUCAGUUCCUGUGGCGCCUCGGUACGGUCAUAUCGCGCGUCAUCUCGCUCACCGUGUACGCCUCCGUCUACAGCCACUGGGUGUUCCUGGUCAUCAUACUCCACUGGUUCUCGAUGUUUCUGUGGUUGAUCUCGCCGAAAAACGUGUUCCAUGGGGAGCGCAUCUCGCGCCUCAAGAAGACCACCCUCGGCGGUCUGAUUGCGUUCGUGUACAUCUUCGCCUACAUCAAUCUGCAGGAAGUGCGCCAUCGGCAGAAAAUGCUCACCUUCUACGUGGUAAUGCUCAUGGAGAACUGUCUGCUCGUCUGCCUGUGGAUGGUGGGUGUGUGGCCGAACCGGCCGGACGGCUGGUACAUGAUACCGGUGUCGGUGCUGUGCAGCUUCGCGGCCGGACUCUUCUUUAUGGUCGUCUACUAUCGGUACUUCCAUGUACGGCGGCUUGGCUAUGAGGCGGGUGGUCGUCUGGCCGAAAAGUGUUCCGCCCAUUGCCCCGACGGAUGCCGGUGCCCGAUCAGUCACGAGGGGAAUGGUCUCGAUGGUGGCGCUGGUGGCACCGGCGGUGGCCAUGUUGGUGGCAAGCUAACCAAUGGUGGCAUAGGAAACGGUGGAGUAGGCGGUGGCUGUGGACAGAAGUAUCCGCACGCCAUUCCGGGUGUGUUUAACUGCCGCUUUUCGAAUCCAGUCAAUGCGGCCACUAAACGGAAGAAGAAGAAACCGACCACGUUUGUGCCGCCACCGAAUCUGGGCGUGACGGCGGCGAACGGUGUUGCGAACGGUGGUGGUACUGCGGGUAGUGCCAUCGAUCAGUACAGUUUAAACCAGCACCAGCACCAUCUUCAGCAACAUCAGCAGCACCACCAGCACCAGCAACAACACCAACAACAACAGCACCAGCAACAGCAGCAACAGCAGCAGCAUUUGCUGCAUCAACAAUUUCAACAGCAUCAGCAAAUGCAACAUCAGCAUCAUCAGCAACAGCACUCGCAGCAGCAGCAGCAGCAGCAACAACAACAGCAUCAACCGCAGCUCAGCACCAGCAACAGCAACAGUACGCACUCGAUGGGCCCGAUGGCGAUACCGUUCUGGCGCCGGCCACUGCCCCGUUCGCAUACCGGUGGCUCGAGCGAGAACGAGGGUAGCAGCGUCGGUUCGCGGGUCAACAUCCAGCAGAAGCUGCUCGAAAAGAAGCAAAAACAGUUGGCCGAACUGAAGAUCAUCGAGGAGGAGAUCAAGCAGGGUAAGCUCGGUGGUCCGGGGGCCGGUGCAACCGGUACGCUGAGCUCCGGUGACGAUGGCAAAACGACGCUACCCCGGCAACCGAUACCGCGUGCCAAGAAGCACAUCGAUCUCGAUCCGAUCGAGUGGCGCACCUCGAGCCCCGAUAUGGCCGAGAUCGUGGCGAACAAAUCGUUCAACGACCUAAACCUGCUGCUCGCCGCCAACCUGGACGAUGUGAACGGGCUCGGCAAGUUCAGCAGCAACUACGAUCCGAUCUACAACAGUUUCGGGCUGAACGGGAUCAACAUUUCCGCGUUGGUGAACCUGAAAGGCAACGGCGGUGCGUCAGCAGCAGCAGCAGCAGCAGCAGCGGUGGCGGCAGCGGCCGCAGUUUCGUCGGCAGGUCCGACUCCGACCCUCGUCGAUGGCCGUGACUGUCAACCGCCGACCAGCAGUGUGCUGCAGGGUGCCCGCAAUAUGUCCCCGAUAUCGUCGCAAAUAUCCGCCACCGAAAGCAAUUCGCUGACUCGGCACCAUCCGCAGGUACCGGUGGUACCGCGUUCGAAGAUGAUCCUGCCCGGUAACAUUCCCCGGAAUCCGUUCGCCGAGAACUAUCGAGGCAAUUUCGUUAACCUGUACGCCGAUGCGGCGGCCAAUGGGAAUGCCUCAGCGGUAACCAUCGGAACGUCCACCGGCACCUGUCAAGUGAAUGGUGGUGGUGGUGCGGGUAAUGGAAGUGGGACGACGGUCCGGGCACCAUCGAUUAGCCCCCGGACGACGGAGAUUGCACAAUCGAACCGAGCCAUCCUGUACGAUGCCCACGGGCGACUCUACGCCGAUGCGAACCAUCCACGGCAGGUUUCGGGCACGUACAGUAACAGCAAUGCGGACAACGCCGGUAAUACCGACAAUCUACCGUUCCCGUACAAUGUGGUACCACCGCCGAGGAGCAAGCUGGAUAGCCGUGGGACACCGAGUACACCGGCCCAAUCCGGUUCGGCUAGUGGUAGUGCGAACAAUACGAAUAGCAGCAACAAAUCGGCCAGGACGGCGACUACGGCCACUAUGGUAGCUGUGGCCGCUUGCGUUGGAGGGGUUACGAGCGGUGGAACAGUGUCGAACCAGUCUGUCGGACCUUCGGUAGCGAUCAACAAUCUGAACAACACCAAACGCCAGAAUAUGCAGCGGGCCAAGACGCCGGAGAUACUGCUGGCCCCACACUAUCUCGAGAACUCGCGCAUCUACUUCGAUUGGGUGGCCCGUGAGGCGGCCAACUUUAGGUUACAGGAUACGGACCGGGACCAUCAUCCAGUGGAGAGCAGUGGCGAUGAAAAUCUAGACAACUCAGCCUGUGACGAUGGCCAUACGGGACACCAUCGGAUACCGUCCGACAUUGAUAGUCAGGUUUCACUGCCUCGCUCGUAUACGUUGCCUCGCGAGUUCAAGUACUACCGUCGAAACAAGGGUCGUAAGGUAAAGAACGAACACUUUAUCGCCAGCACCAACAGCAGCGAUGGUGAUGUGGAUAGUGGUGAUGACAACGAAUCGGAGCGGCUCUCGUCGAACCUAUCGUCGAGUUCCCAGCGACGACAGAAGAAUGCGACUCCCUGCAACAAUCUCGUUGUCGUCGGUUCCGGGCAGCAUCACGUGGUGUCUAUGCAAUCGGCAACGACCCAACAACAGCAACAACAGCAGCACGUUAAUCCACAUCAGCGCUUGAACAAUCUGAACAAAGCCGGUGCUGCGGCCGCCUUACUGUCACAAUCGGGAGUCGUCGGUCUGAAGGACUCUGGCAGUAGUUCGGUGGCACACCAGCUGUACGGUGGACAUGGUGGUUCCCCGAGUAAUACUCUGCUGACGGCCGGUGGACGUCAAUCGCUGAACGCUACCCCUCAGAACCUGCAUCAUCAACCGCUUACGGGACAGCAAGGACAAGGAGGAGGCAAUUACAACCUGCGUACUGCCAGUCCGGGCGCUAUGCCGGUGCUACCACCGAACGGCGCGCCUGGACCAUUGGCGGCGAAGGUUGCGGUGCACAACCUCGAUCUGAUUAGUGGCGUCGAAGCACUAGCCGGGGGUAAUGGCGGUGCUAUGAUACCACCAUACCAUGGCGGUGGCGGUGGUGGUGGUGGUGGUGGCGGCGGCAGUCGUCCGAUGCGUUUCCGUAUGUACGGUGGCACCAAGAAUGGUAUGGUGCGACACGAGACGAAGUUGUAGAGAGCGCGGUCUUUUAGUUAGGUAGAUUAUUUAUUUUACUUAGAAGUGAAGUGUACUGAGUGUAACGAUUCGAUGCGGUUGCCUCUCUUCAACAUCUCUCUCCCUUGUUGAAGUAUACUCUUCGUUUGUCCGCUUCGUUUUCGUCCUUGUCUGACCCCGCGUGACUCCGAAAUGCAGACUAAUAAUUUUGUGAUAUAAUUUAACCCGUGCCGCGUAACGUACCGGAGUAACAGCUGGAGCAGACAUUUUCUAGGAUUUAGUUUAGUGAAAGUGGAUGCGAGAAGGAAUUUUAUUAACUACCCUAACUCCCAGACUGCCAAACGUGGCAGCCAUUUUUGUGCUGCGCGAUUUUUUAUUUUAAUGUCCGCUAUUUUAAAUUAUGAGUCCCCAGGAGUGAGCGUUGCGUCGGUCUGGCGCCGGUGCUUGCAGAAAAUAGGCGUAUGUGCUUAGAAUAAACAUGAAAAA